UUACUUGUAUUUCUACUUGUGAACUGAAGGUAAUCAGCGAGGAUGGAUAUGUACAGCUUGAACGUGACUUUAAUUAUGCCGUUUACGAUGUUAAAUGUAUUAGACUGCUUCACACACUGACAUCCGGGUAUUUUUACCAUACAUGCGUCUCAGUUUGUUUACACUGCAGCAGGUGGUUAACGGCGUAUUAGCUGUUAGUUUCUUUAUUGUUGUAACAAUGGAAUCACAAUGCGAGUAUUUGAUGUACUUUCCUUCCGCUCCAAUAUCGACUCUGUUAGACCCGGCAGAGUACACAACUCUUCCGCGGCGAAAACACGUCUACCUCGGGGAGAGCGUCCAGUUUCUGUUGGUUCUGCGGUCCCGGAACGCAGCGGGGAGGGAUGACAGCUCCGGUGUUUUACCUUGGAAGGAUCUGGCGGGUUUCCUGUCUGCUCAGGCGAGUGUGUGCGUCGCCGAGAGCCGGCAGCAGAGGCCUAGUGAGUACCAGCCUGACCUCCAAAGCAGCUGCAGCGAGGACGGGGAAGAGGAGCCCGGAGAGAGAGAGUUUGGAACCACAGACGACCGCGGAAGACCGGAUAGCAACCGGACUUUCAGACAGUGCAGCCCGCUUCUAGUUCACAACAAGUCGGGAAGUGAUGGGCCCAAGUACGGAAGAGAACCGGUAAAGUCUGCUCUGGUGUUGGAUGACCAGGUUAUCUUUAGUCUCACUGUCUCUUUGGACAAGCUGCCAGUCAACACACUCAAAGUCAAGAUUAUUGUGACUGUGUGGAGUCAGGAGGAGGAGAAGGUGGCGGUGAGGGAACAUGGCUAUCUGACUCUUCUGCAGCUCAGGAGUCCAACACACACCUUCAGACAGGACCUCAGCACCUUUAAGGCACAGGUCAGCACGCUCCUGAAUGUUCUUCCUCCUCCCAGUGUCCAAUGUCGGCAGAUGACUGUUUCUGGAAAACACCUAACUGUCCUCAAAGUGUUGAACUGUAGCUCUCAGGACGAGGUGUGUCUCAGAGAUAUGAAGAUCCUUCCCAACUAUAACUCAUCCUACCUCCCAAUGAUGCCAGAUGGUUCAGUUCUCAUAGUCGACAAUGUCUGUCACCAAUCAGCUGAGGUCACCAUGGCUUCAUUUUAUCGGAUAGACAGCGAGUCAUCACGUUUACCCAGCAUGCUCAGCGCCUUGGAGGAACAGAACUUCCUGUUCCAGCUGCAGCUAGAAGACAAAGGGGAGGAGGACUCCAGUGAGGGUUUGGAAGUCCCAUUGGUGGCUGUGCUACAAUGGUACACUCCAACACUGCCUUUCACAAGAUACAUCUCUAGUUGUUACUCAUUGCCCAGUAUCCGCUUGUAUCGUCCUCGGCUGGUGAUGACAGCUUCCUGUCCCAGUGCUGUCAGGCCGCUGGAGAACUUCUGGGUAAAAUACACCCUGUUGAACAACUUGCAGGACUUCCUGGCUGUUCGUCUCAUCUGGAAUUCUGAGGAGUUGAGCCAGCAUAUGAAACUGAAGCUCCAGUUCACAGCCUCGGUGUCCACUCCUCCUAUGGAGUUUCGAUCUCCACUGAGGAACUCGCCUUCAUCUUCUGGUCCUGCGGUCAGAGAGCUGCUGGAGAGACACAGCCUGGGCCGGUCUCAGAGUUUCUCCCACCAGAACCCAUCCAGGUCACACCACGUCAGGUCAAGCAGUGUGAUGGAGCGUCGGACUGUAACCCCAUCUAUAGGGUCUCCAAUGGGCAGAGCCCUCUACUUGCCCCCUGACCACACCCUCAUUUCAAUGGACAAAAUAGCCAAGAGAGAGUGUAAGGUGUUAGUGCUGGAACCAAUCCAAGAUGCACUCAGCAGAUGACCUGAGAGGAAACUUUUACUGGAGACACAAACAUCAGUGUUUGAUCCUUCUGUCCAGCUGCCAGAGCCUCUGCCUCAAGGAGACAUUCAGAGCGAAACAAGAAAGACUGAUGGAAGGAGGAGGUGGUUCAUCAUUUCACUGGGUUAUCAUUUCACCGGAUGAGAACGUUGUUGUUUUUUUUUGUUUUUUUUGUUACAUUCUUCCAGCCUUUGUUCCAUUUGUUGCAUUUUACUCAAUGGGUUAUUUUUAUUGCCUUACUACUUGUAUGCCUGGGUGAUUUGUUGAUAUUUAUAGAGUAUUUCAAGAAGUUAAGGGACUCAUCAUUGAUUGUUUGUAUGGCAGCCAUACAAGGAUAUAGGAUAUAAUAAGGAAACUAGGCAGCCAAUUAGGAUCCAGUAGUAAGUAACAUUCCAACAUUUCAUGAAAUAAAUUUGUUUGGUAUCAAACCCAGGUCAGAUCAGACAAAACUGCUAGCCUAGCUACGUCUUAAAACAUAGACCUUGAAACAACUAUUUCCAGGUGGUAUACUACUACAUCCAACACCUUUGGGAUGAACAGCAACGCCUAAUGAGAGUGAGGCCUGUUGUGUUGUUCUAACCUAAGUUAAACAUGUUCUGAAAUUGUUUUUGUCUUGAAAUUAUUGACAGUACAUAUAAUGGACAGAGUUUCUGGGUUUGAAAAGUGAAGCCAAUGCGGAAUUGUCGUUCUGGACUACUGUAGAAACAUGUCGGUUUAACAUGCCGAACUCUGCCAGAAGAGUAACCGUCCCCUUCUGUAGAUAAAAACUGCUCAUUCUAAGGUUAAAAAACAAUACUAUUACAAUCUUAUUUUCAUGUGAUUACAUACUGAUUAAAUAUACCUAUGAAUAUUUUAUUCCUUUUCUGCCAGUAGAUCCUCCUAUAUGUUACACACUGGACCUUUUAAAGUUACAAAAAUUAAAAUGUAAUUUGUUUAUAUUAUGAAUACAAACAUGUUAUUGUACACUGGAGGACAUCAGCUAAGAUUUGAAGGGCUUGCAUUGCCUCGUACCUUUCCUACUGUAGUUGGAAGUGGUUUGCAGUCUUGACAUUCAUUAUAUAUUUAUUAUAAAAUGCGAUACAAUUGGAAUGUUAGUGUGAUCCAUUUAGUGUCUUUACACACUGGCUAAUUUAUUUAAAUUUAAUUGUCUUAAUGCUGUCUCUUUAUUGUCAACGUUGGAUUGUUAAUUUUCAGUUAUAUGGCGUCUUAGUUUUAAAUAGAUGUUUUUGUCUUUUAUUGACCCCUCACAUACACUGGAUUACACUUUUACAUUCUAUUUUUUCAGAAAUAAUGUAAUCUUCAUUGCUCAACAUUUGAAGGAGUUUUUGUUGUGGCUAUACCAUGCUACUAGAACAGUGUUUUACAAAAUGACCAAAGCACUUCAACAAAAAAACAUUAUUUUGCAUAAAAUGAUCCUGGUUGACAAUGAUCAAAAUUAGAGAACAGCAAUGACUGUAGCAGGAAGAAAUAUUACAACAACAUUUUCUUAACGUUACAACAGUCAACAAUUAGUAAGAAGUGUACAGGCCGUUGCUUUGAAUGACGUCAGCACAUCUGUGGCCACAGGACAUCACUAGUCUCUCACACUGCUCUGGUGUUAUUCUGGUCCACUCUUCUUCCAGUCUCUUCCACAGUUCGGUGACUGUAGUGGGUUUAUUGGACAUAACUUUGUCAUCAAGAAUUUUCCAGAGGUUUUCUAAUGGGUUUAGAUCAGGACUCUGGGCUGGCCAUUUCAUUAUUUCAAUGUUUUCAGUAUCAAGUAACUGCUUUACCCGUUUUGCUGUGUGACGGGGGGCAUUGUCCUGCAUGAAAAUCGUGGCUGAUUGGGUGAUGAAUGUAGGGAAGGAACCACGUUGUGGAAGAAGGUUCUGACAGACAUUUGUAUUCACUCUGCCAUGUAGUUGUAUAAGAGGCCCAACUCCUGCUGCAGAAAACAUUCCCCAAACCAUGACACUGACUUCUUUACACACUUUACUUACACUUUACAACGAACAUAUUGUUUCCCAUCGGACCCAAAUAAAUUA